UAUCAAUCCUUAAAUCAUUACCACCAAUCCAUCAAUGUUUAAAGGAUUCUUCCAAACCGGUAUAAGGGGAAGUUACAAUGUGCUGGAGAAUCCAUCCUUUGUAUCUGAACCUUGGUAUGUUUACCCUGCCAAGCAUAAGAGUAAUGGAAGGAUUGUAUCGGUAUUCAUCUUUGAUAAAUCAAAGUUUGAGGCUAUGGUCACAAGAUUAUGUUCGACUUCAUCAUCAUCCAAGAAUCCUAAGAUUAUAAUAUCAGAGUCGUAUGAGCUUAUUAAGUUUGAAGUGAAUCAAUUGAGUAAGCUUAAACACCCUCAAAUCUUACAAAUUUAUGAAGUACUUGAAGAAACCAAACUGAAGUUCAUCUUUGUAAGUGAGCCACUUACAGAUAAUUUACUUACUGCUAGUAAUUUAAGUAAGGAUGAACUUAAUAUUCAAAAGGGGUUGUUACAAGUAUCGAAGGGGCUUCAAUUCUUGCAUAAUUACUGUUCAAUCAUUCAUUUCAAUUUACAACCGUCAUCUAUCUACAUUAAUAAUCAAGGAGAUUGGAAACUUGGGGGAUUUAAAUUCUUACAAAAUUUGAAUGAAAUAAGUCCUCAAGAACGAGAUAAUUUUUAUAUUAUGAAUAAUUCAAGUUUGAUUCCAUUUGUUAAUUUAAAUAUGAACUUCACUGCUCCUGAAUUGAUUAUUGAUAGUCAACUGAAAUUAGAUUUUGGGAAUGAUAUAUGGUCAUUAGGAUGUAUAAUAUACUAUUUAUAUAAUGAUGGAGAUCAAUUAAUCAACUGUUUUGAUUCCAAUAGCAUAAAUGAUUAUAAAGGUGAGUUUCAGAAAUUCCAACAAAAGUUUUAUAAUCAUAAAGUAAAUGAAUUAAAAUAUUUAUUAAAGAAGAUUCCCGAAAGUUUAUAUCCUAUCUAUCCUCAAUUAUUAGCAAGAUAUCCUCAUGAUAGAUUAACCAUUGAUCAAUUCAUUGAUUCUAAUUAUUUCAAUGGAAGUUUAAUUAAAGCCAUGUGGUUUAUUGAUGAAUUUUCCACUAAGACUCUUGAAGAGAAAUUAUUAUUUAUGAAUGGACUUUUGGAUCCAAAUAAUGAAUUAGGUAAAGAUUUAUUAUCUCAAUUCCCUGCCAGUUUUAAAUCCCUGAAAUUAUUACCAUUAUUGAUUGAUUUAUUAGUUAAUGAAUUGAAUGUUCUUACUGGACCUGUGAUUGAAACUGAUACUGAUCAAUUAAUAACUAUUUCAUUAAAUAUCAUCUUAAAGAUUGGUUCAAGUAUAUCAAGUUUAACUUUCCAAGAUAAAAUCUUUGGUACACUUUUUAAAGAUGAUAAGAAGAAUAAAAAAGCUCCUGAAACUUAUUCAAAAUUAAUCAAAGCAUCAGUCAAGACGAGAUUAACAUUAGUGGAGAAUUUAUCAAUUUUACAAGAUAAAUUACAUGAUAAUCAAAUUGUUGAUUUUUAUAAGAAUAUUCUUGAUUUAGUAUUAACAUCAGCUCCCGCUGAACAAAGUCAAAAACAAGAUCAAAUCAAAUUACAAGAAACUUAUUUGAAAUAUUUAACUAACAUUAUAGAAAAGAUUGAAUUCCCCUAUAUCAAGAAUACCUUAUUUCCAAUGUUAUGUCAAGUUUUCAAAACCACUACUAUCUUAUCCACUAAAUUAGUUACGAUUGAAGUAUUUGAAAUGUUAGUUGAUAAGAAAAUCAUUGAUAAGAUUAUUGUUAAUGAUCAAUUAUUCCCAAUCUUAAAGAAUUUAAAAAGUAGAGAUAAACGAAUUGUCAGAAGUAUGUUAAGUUUCUUUAUAAAAUUGAUUAGAAGUGAACAUGUUAAUUUAGAUUUUGAAGCUUCAGUGGAAUCAAUCUUACCUCAAUGUUUAAGUUUAUCAUUCAGUUGUAAUGAUUGCAGUCAAGAUGAAUUUAAAGAGUUUAUGAAGGUCUGUAAUUCUAUUCAAAAGCAUUUGAUUGAAAAGAGAUUGGCAACAUUACCGGUUAAUGUUCCUAAUUCCACUAGAGUCAAUGGGAAUUCAUUUGAUGGGAAUUUUGAAUCAUUGAUAAAUUCUCAAACUAUAAAUGAUGGUAGUAAAGAUAAUAUUUAUAAAGGUCCUUCAUCAGCAACAACCUUAACGCCAAAAGUACUUACUCCAACCGUCAAGUCUUCACCUCCUCAUAAAAAUAAUACUACUAUUGCUCAUAAGACAACUCCAUUGAAUUUAAAGAAUGCUGCUGCCACCACAUCUCCUACUAAUCGUUAUUCAAGUUUAAAUAAUAAUCAAAGCAAUGUACCAGCUUUGAAGUUUGGUGCUUCAAGUCCUUCAACCAAUGUUAAUAAUACUAGAAUGUUAAAUACAUUGAAUAGUACUUUUGACAAACCUAAAUAUACUAGAAAUAACAAUACUACUAGAAACAACAAUGGUUAUCAUGAUGCUGAUGAUGAUGAUGAUGAUGAAUUUGAAGAUUUUCAACAGGCUAGAAUCACCCCUUCUACCAGACCAACCAUUAAUUUAUCAAAGGAACUUCCAUCUAAACCUAAUACUAAUGGAUUCCCUCAAACUCCAUUAAAGCCAAAUGUGGGUAAUGCUAUCAAUAACAAUAGAAUUGUAACUCCUCCUACUAAAUAUCCGCCUGGAUUCAAUUCUAAUAUGGUUUUAACACCUAAUUCAUCUGGUUCAAGGAAUAGUAGUAAUACUACUUCAUCUCAUAUUCAAGGACAGAAAUCGAAUAAUAAUAAUGAUGUUCUUGAUUUCUUAUAGAUUUGGUAGUAUAUAGAGGUAUGUAGAAAUAUAUAUUUAUUAUUAAUUUGCACC